AUGCUGAUUUUUCUCGACUGGCUCUUAAAAUUCAAGGAGGCGUUCUCGUUGUUCGACAAAGACAAUGAUGGCACCAUCACCACGAAGGAGCUGGGAACCGUGAUGCGCUCAUUGGGUCAGAACCCAACGGAGGCCGAGCUCCAAGACAUGAUCAAUGAGGUCGACGCCGACGGGAACGGGACGAUUGAUUUCCCCGAGUUCCUGACGAUGAUGGCGCGCAAGAUGCGUGACACAGACUCGGAAGAGGAGAUCAAGGAGGCGUUCAAGGUAUUUGACCGUGAUAACAAUGGGUACAUUAGCGCUGCGGAGUUGAAGCAUGUCAUGACAAACCUUGGUGAACGUUUGACUGAGCACGAGGUUGACGAGAUGAUCCGUGAAGCGGAUGUCGACGGUGAUGGCCAAAUCAAUUACGAAGAACGUGUAUAA